AUGACUAGUUUAUCUACUAAUUCAACUGUCCUCGACGAAAUCAAAUCCAUGAAUCAAAAUGGUGAGAAAUCUCGAGAUGAAGAAAACUAUGAACAAGCGCUAUCCUAUUUCAUAGAAGCUGUAACUAAAAUUCAAUGGAUAUCCAAGAGUAGUGAUAAUGAUUAUCAGCAACUUGAAUGUAGUAUUUAUCUCAACAUAACUUAUUGUUAUUUACAUCAACAUGAAUUGGUAAAAGCCGAUAAAUGGAACAGAAAAGCAGAGGAAUUAGCUAAGCAACUACAAGAUGAAGUGAAAAUUUCAACAUGUUUAAAUAAUCAGGGGCUUAUUAAACGGAUACAAGGCGAUUACAGUGGAGCUUUGAUUGAUAUUAAUAAAGCACUUAAAAUGAGACUAAAAUGCUUCGGAAAUGAACAUAGCAUUAUAAGUAAGUCCUAUCGUGCAAUUGGAGAUGUCUAUAAUGAUCAAAGAAAGCAUGAUGAGGCUCUAUCAAUGUUUAACAAAUCGUUAAAGAUGCAAUUAGUAAUAUUUGGUGACGAUCAUCUAAAUAUUGCUCAAACAUACGAUAGCAUUGCAAGAACCUAUAAUCUUCAAAGCAAGCACGAUGAGGCUUUAUCAAUGCUUAAUAAAUCUCUAAAGAUUCAACUAGUACAUCUUGGUGACAAUCAUCCAAGUCUUGCUCUAACAUACCGCAACUUUGGCGAUACUUACAGUCAUCAAGGCAAGUAUAAUAACGCUCUAUCAAUGUAUUACGCAUCGCUGAAGAUUAAAAUAGAACAACUUGGUGAAAAUCAUCCUGAUGUUGCUAAUAGGUAUAAUAGCAUUGGAGUUGUUUAUCUGCAUCAAGGCAAACAUAAUGAUGCCCUGUCAAUGUACAAGAAAUCAUUGAAGAUUAAAUUAAUGCAAGGCGAUGACAAUCAUCCAGAAAUUGCUAAUACCUAUUGCAAUAUUGGAAGUGUCUACUAUCAGCAAGGCAAAUUCGAUGAUGCUCUUUUAAUGUUCGACAAAUCACUACAGAUUGCAGUAGCACACCCUAAUGGCAAUCAUUCAAAUGCUGCAAUCUAUUCCAAUAUUGCAAGUAUCUAUUAUAAACAAGGCAAGCAUAAUGACGCUUUAUUAAUGUUUAACAAAUCACUCAAGAUUAAACUAGCACAACUUGGUGAUGAUCAUCCCGACAUUGCUAUAUCAUGUAGCAAUAUCGCAAGUGUCUAUGCUAAGCAAAGCAAAUACGAUGAUGCUCUAUCAAUGUUGAACAAAUCCCUCAAGAUUCAAUUAUCACAACUUGGUGGCAAUCAUCCUCGUAUUGCUUUUACAUAUAAAAGAAUUGGAGAUAUUUAUAGUGGUCAAGGCAAGUAUAAUGAUGCUCUAUCAAUGCUGAACAAAUCACUCAAGAUUCAACUAGCACAACAUGAUAGUAAUCGUCCCGAUCUUGCUAAUACGUAUGGCAGCAUUGGAACUGUCUAUCAAUACCAAGGCAAAUAUAAUGAUGCUCUAUUAAUGUAUAACAAAACACUCAAGAUUGAAUUAGCACGACUUGGCGACAAUCAUCCAAGCAUUGCUUCAACAUAUGCCAACAUUGCCACUGCUUAUUAUCGCCAAGGAAAGUCUGAAGAUGCUCUAUUACUAUAUAACAAAUCACUGAAGAUUCAAUUAACGCAAUCUAAUGACAAUCAUCCAAAUAUUGCAGUAACAUAUAACAACAUUGCAGCAAUCUAUGAGAGUCAACAUAAGCAUACAGAUGCUCUAUCAAUGUUAAAAAAAUCACUAAAGAUUUAUCUAACAAAAUUUGGUAACAAUCACCCAACUACUGCUUUAAUAUAUAUCAACAUUGGAAGUCUCUAUAUUGAACAAAGCAAAUACGAUGAUGCUCGAUUUAUGUAUAGCAAGUCAUUGCAAGUCCUUUUGGCAACACUAGGUGAGAAUCAUCUUCAUACAGCCAAAUGCUAUGAAAAACUAGCUCAAGUUGAUCAUCGACAGUCUAAUUAUCAUCAAGCAAUUUCACUCUAUCGAAAGUCCAUCGAUUCCCUACACAACGUCUAUGAAGAAAAUCACCCUCAAAUCCUCCAUGUUGCCAAACAAAUUGCUGAAUGUAAUAAUCAACUACACGAAAAUGAGAAAGGAACUGUUACAUCAGAAACAGCCAAAGUUAUUCAUCAGCCCUUACAAGAACAUGUAGUCAAUCAAACAGUAGUUCAUGAUUCCACAACAUCACCAGAUAAAGAAAAUAGCCAAGAAAGUCAAACGGGAAUAAAAGAUAACACACAGCGCCAUAAUUUGAAAUACCAAGGACAGCACUCGAGGCAAAGUAAUAAUCAAGUAGAAUUUGAACAAAAUGACAAGAAAGCUGGAGAUAACUCGACUAAUGUGGAUAUCAACAAAGAAAAAGAGGCAAUAGAAAUUUUUAACGAUGGUAGUCUCAAGAUUGAAAACACGGAUUUGAAAAGUGAAAAUUCCACAUAUACUGAAGCUAUCAAUGAUAAAGAAUACAUUAAAGCUUAUAAUGAAGCGCUGCAAGAUGGACAAUGUCGUAAUGAUUUUACUAAAAUUAUCUUUGCCGGUCCUGAAAGUGUGGGUAAAACGACUAUUAUGAACGUAUUUACAAAUCAAGGAAUAAUUAUUAGCGUAAGCCAAACUGAGAUUAUCGACGACACCGGAAGAUAUGUUAAUCUUAUUGUAUACAAUAUCUUAGACAAGAAGAUUUAUCACUUUCAGAUAGUAUUGUAUAGGAAAGUGUUAGCAGCUAUACAAAAAUUCAAGACAAAACUGAAUAUUGUACCUAAUAUCAACCCAGAUAUCCAAGUUAGUAAAGUAGAUCGUCAAAUACAGACGAUAGAAACAGACACAUUUAUUAGCACUGAUAAAAUAAAGUCGGUAAUUAGCGAUAAUCGACCUAUGGCUAUCGAUACUCUUGUAUCUACUGUCUCAAUAACACAAAAAAUCCACAAAAUCUUAAUGUACGAAGAUUUUAUGCGAUCUAUAAUCGAUAUGAAAGGCGAAAUAGUAGAUGACGAUAAUCAAUAUGGUAAAUUAGUCGAUUUCGGAGGUCAAGCUGUCUAUCAUGUUACGCAUCGUCCAUUUCUAUCUGGAAAUAGUAUCUAUAUUUUAGUUUUUAAUAUUACUCGUGAUUUCGAUGACUUUGUUAUUGAUAGAGAAGGAAACCCAACUAAUAUGACUUAUCGAUAUGCUAUGCAAGAAUGGCUUACAUCGAUUAUUGGUAGCCAUGAUGGCGAUGAGACUGUCCAAGUAGAAAUUGAUGGUAAAUUGCAACAAUAUUCUUUACCAGUUGUCAUCUUAGUAGCAUCUCAUGGCGAUCGAAUACAAGAUUGUCAAGAGCGUCAACGUAGAUUUAAGACGUUUGAGAAUUCUAUUAUUGCAACAAUGCCUAUCUAUAAAUCUAAUAUAUGCUUUUCAGACAUCAUAUUUCAUUGCGAUCCCGAUGAUAAAUCUUCAGCGGCUAUCGAGCAACGUCGACAGACUACGUUACAGUUACAUGAAUUAAUAAAGCGAAUCGUGUCUAGUUUACCUUUUAUGAAAAAAUCGAUUCCGAUUCGAUGGUAUAUUAUGGCAUCUAUAUUGCAUACAUCAGUUAAUGACAUAAGCAGACAAGCCGCAUCAACAACACAGUUUAAUCGUAUUAUUAAUAGAAUUCAUAAUAUUAUGACAUUGGAAGAAGUAAAGCAGUUAGCUAUAGAUUGCGAGUUAUAUGAAAACGAUGAGAAAUUGCGUAGUAUGUUAUUAUACUUACAUGAUAUAGGCGAUAUUGUAUAUUGUCGUAAAAAAGGCGUAGAAGAAAUGAUUGUAACUAAUCUCGAUUGGCUACUCAAUAUAUUUCGAUCGAUUAUUAAACUCGAUAAACGCGAAUAUAAGAGUGCUAAUGUAAGAGAAUCUUAUAAUCAAGCUUAUCAGACUGGAAAAAUAUCUGAAGCGUACAUUGAUAAUAUUGUAGUAGAUUUCGAAUUGAAAAAGAAAGAGAAAGAUUUCGUGUUACAAUUAAUGGAUAGUUAUAAUAUUAUCUGUAAAAUUGAGGAUCAACAUGAUAGUCUUGAUAACAAAGAAUGUCACCAGCAAUAUUUUAUACCUUAUCUACUUAAUUCAUCUGUUGGUACGUUAGAUCUAACAGAUUAUCGUGUAUCAGAUUGGCUAUACAUUGGAUACGACGAAAAAGUUAUACCGUAUAUUCCUGACGGUAUAUUUUAUUGCCUUUUAUCGGCUUGUUUAAAAGUGUGGAAUAACUCAAGAGUAAAAGUUUAUUAUCGAUGUGCUAAAUACUACAUACCUGAUUAUCAAUGUCAGAUUGUUGUUAAGAAAGAAGAAUCUCGUAUUAGCUUACUCUAUUGCUAUCAGAAAUAUCCGAAAGAAAUUGCGUCUAGGAUUGAGAAUAAUAUCGGUAGUUGGAUUAGUAAGAUACAACCACAUAUAAUAAUUAGAGAUAAACUAAACGAGACAAUUAAUGAAAGAAUGCCAAAGUUUAAAUCAGCACAAAGCAGAUUUUAUGUUAGAUGUAAUGAAUGUAGUAAGAUGACAGAAAUAGUGGAUAGUUAUUUCGCGGAUAGUGUAGAUAUUAUUCGUUGUGUUUUAUGUGAGAAAUUUUUUAAAUCGAAGCCUACACGUGACUGGAUGCUUCUUAGAAAGGAAAGAUUAACAAAUACAUACGCUGACAAGGUAACAAAACUGUCCUAUAAUUAUUUCGCAGAAAGACCAGAUAUCAAUCGCUUUGGAAAACGUAAAGGAUCGUGUAAAUCAGAAUUGACACAUGAUCGAAAUGCUGAUAAAAAGAAAAGAAUGGCAAGUAGAAAAGACUCCAAGUAUCACUUCUUCCAAAUUGCAAAUAGAAUCGGUCUCGAUUGGACGAGAUUAGCUGCAAGAUUAGAUCGAUCUAUUGAUGUUGAUGUUAUCAAAGAACAAGAUAAUAGAAUUUUCGACCGAGCUAUGAAAUUUUUGGAUACUUGGUAUGACAGAAAUUUUCCAAAUGUUAAUGUUGAUCAACUUAAGGCAGCUUUAGAACGAAUAGGUCGAAAUGAUAUUGUUUUGGCUAUUAGUUCUACUUAG